CAAGGAAGGACGGGGCUACUGCAGGAAAAGCGUGGCCACUGUGCGUGACUCCUGGGAAGCAUUCAUUGUGUGUGUGUCGUCGUCGUGACACGUGAAGCAUCUAGAGCACCCUGGCAAGUGGGUCACUCAGCCCGGCAGGUGCCACCGCUGUCGCUGCCCAGUGCCAGCCUAUGCUCAGCAGACUCCUGACAACUCUGAGAGGCGGGCCUCGACACCGGCCUGCUCAGCAAUGAGGAAGCUGAGGCUCAGACAGGUGAAGUCACUUGCCCAAGGUCACACAGCUGGGCCCUGGAGGAGCUGGCAUCUGAACCAGCUCGACUCCCAGCUCCGGGGCCUCAGCAGUCGGGCCUGCGCUGACAGCGGAGGGCAGGUACAGCAGCUCAGCCGGCAGGGAGCUGGGGCCGCGAGGCUGCCAUCAGCAGGCCCCCCACCACCAUGCACAAGCAUUACACGGUCCACUUUGCCAAGGGUGCCCUGCCCCCCGGGACCCCCACCGAGUGCUACUUCUUGGACCCGGAGUUGGGGCACCAAAAAGGAUGCUGUCACCAGAGGUGCUGUGACCCAGCGGCCCCUGGAGCCCACAGGCCCUGCCGGCCACCCCCCAAGGUGCGCUGGCAGCUGGCCUACCACAGCCAGGAGGGCUGUGUCAGGGGCCCCCUGCCCCCCAUCCUGCAGCAGCAGCAGUGGCAGCCCCAGCCCCCACCUCCCAGCCCCCUGCGGCAGCGGCUCUGCCCGGUUCACGGGGCCCAGAAGGGGCCGCCUGCAACCGCCACUGCCCCCAUGGGACCGGCCAGCGCCCCCCAGCUGCCCCCCGCGCCCACCACCUCAGCCACUGCGGCACCCGCCACGGCCAGCAGCAGCCCCGGCCUGCACUCUACCGCCGGCGCCCUCCUGCAGCCCAGCCGGCCCUCUGCCGCCCGGCCCCUGCCUGCCCCACCAGCCUUCGGCCUCUUCACCUCCUACAGCUCCGAUAUCCUGACAGAGGAUGACGUCUACUGCAGCUGCCUGGCCAAGACCCUCUGCCACGUGCCCGUCCCCGUGACGGUGGGUUUCUACGCCUCCUUUGGCUGCCGCCUGCACAUGAUGCUGGACAAGAUCACUGCGCUGAUGCAGCAGGAGGCGGAGCAGCGCGAGGCCGAGGAGCUGCGGCGCGUGCAGUGGCGGCCGCGGUCGGUGCGCGGCUGGGGCUUCCCGCAGCUGCUGUGGUACCUGGUGUUCCUGCGGCCUGUCAUCACCGAGGUGCACCUGCGGCGCAAGAACGUGAAGUUCCUGUUCAUCCGCUUCAGCGCCUGGCAGUACGCGGGCACCGACAAGCUGUGGGCCGGCCUGGUGACCACGCUGUGCGAGGGCAUCCGCCACCACUACGGCGCGCUGCCCUUCAGCGUGUACUCGGUGCUGGGCAACAAGCCGGGCACGUCGCCGGGCCUCUGCCAGCGCGAGUGGCACUGCCGGCUCCGCGUGUGCCUGGCGCUGCUGGCGCUGCUGGCCGCGCUGUGCCUGGGGGUGGGCCUGCUCUACCUGUCGGUGGGCGCCCGCGCGCCGGGCCACGGCGGCGCCAGCCUGCUGCGCGUGUUCGGCGGCGCGGCCACCACGCUGUCGGGCUCGGGGCUGCUCAUGGCCGUGUACUCGGUGGGCAAGCACCUGUUCGUGAGCCAGCGCAAGAAGAUCGAGCGGCUGGUGUCGCGGGAGAAGUUCGGCAGCCAGCUGGGCUUCAUGUGCGAGGUGAAGAAGGAGGUGGAGCUGCUCACCGACUUCCUGUGCUUCCUGGAGAUCUACCAGCGGCGCCGGCUGCGCGUCGUGCUCGAGGUCACCGGGCUGGACACGUGCUACCCUGAGCGCGUGGUGGGCGUGCUCAACGCCAUGAACACGCUGCUGUCCGACAGCCACGCGCCCUUCAUCUUCAUCCUGGUGGUGGACCCCAGCAUCCUGGCCGCGUGCCUGGAGAGCGCCGGCUCCAUGAAGGGCACGGCCGACAACGGCUACCUCUUCCUCAACCGCACCGUCACGCUGCCCUUCUCCGUGCCCAUCAUGGGCCGCCGCACCAAGCUGCGGUUCCUGCACGACGCCGUGCAGAGCCGCGACGACCUGCUCUACCGCGAGCUGACGCGCAAGCUGCGGCCGCCGUGCGGGGGCGCGGGCGGCGAGGGCGAGGAGCUCCUGGAGGGGGAGACGCAGGCGGGGGGCGAGCGCGCGCAGGGCCGCAUCGACGCCGAGGCGGCGCGCCGCAUCCAGGAGGCGCUCUUCUGCCUGCACGACGAGCGCGACUGCCUCUACGAGUACGUGCCCGACAACGUGGUGUCCAUGCGGCGCAUCGUCAACACCGUGCCCAUCACCGUGCGCCUGCUGCAGCAGCAGCAGGGCAGCUUCGGGGGUCCCACGCCGCGCCAGGCCGUGGCGUGGGUCGUGCUGGCCAACCAGUGGCCGUGCCGCCUCAGCUGGGCGCUGCAGUGCCUGGAGGACCGGCAGCAGGCCGGGGGCGCGCCGGAGGCCAGCGCGCGCCUCUGGGACGUGUUCUGCGACAACAGCUGCGAGCUGCACACUAUGACCAAGGCGUUGCAGAACGUGCUCGACCUGGACGGCGACCCCGAACUUUUCGAGCGCUUCCUGGGCGCCGACUUCCCCUUCACGGUGGGGGAGGCGCAGAGCCUGCUGCGCUGCACCGUCAACCUGGACCACUCCAUCCGCCGCCGCAUGGGCCUCAUCCGGGCUGUCAGCGCGCUCAAGCCGCCUGAGCCGCCCAAGUCCCAUGCUGGCGACGACCCCCACGCCACCACUGGAGCCAACUCCCCUCGGGCGGCUGUAUCAGGCCACACUGCAGGGCACGCCCCUGCACAAGGCAACGAAGCCCGCCAUCCCCGGGACCGGGCACACGGGGGCAAGCCAAGGACCAUGGCCUGAGCGCCCCUCCCUCAGGGGGAAUCCAACCCAGGUGGGCCUUGAAUGGAGGACUUGGGGGCCAGCAGGAGGCCACAGCUCUGUUCCCCCAGAUGAGGGUAGAUGGGGCCCAAGGUCCACAGACUGCAACCUGUUGUGGCCACAUUCCCCAGGUGAACCUGUGAGCUGGAGAAAGCUGCUGGCAGCAGCCACCAGGAGCACGGCAGCGUGUCAGUACCCGGUCUAAAAACCACACAGAAGGCCCAGUGAGGAACUCAGGAUUCAAGUGCAAUAAAUCAAGGUGUGAAAGCCCCCAGUGGUCUUCGUGCCGCGGUCUCCCCGGCUCAGCGAGCGCUGGGAACCAGGCUGCCCCGUCCUGCCAAGCCCGCUUCAGCCCCAGGGAGUUGCUCAGCCUCAGCUGGCAUCCUUGGUGGCAGGAGGGGCUGUGGGGGCGGCGGGCGAGGCCACCAGGCAGGGGAGAUGAAGAACGGAUGUGCAGUUGACUCAGGCAAUGGAGAGCACCCAGGCCUCGGGGGAUUGGGUCCUUGUCCCCAUGCCCUAGCCUGUCCCUCUGUGGGCAGGGCAGGAGCUGGCAUUUCCGAGGGUGGUGUCCCCAGUGACCUCAGCGGGCCGUUCCACUCUCGGGGUGGCUCCACCCCCCCAUAAUGGGUUAAUUAGGCCUCAAUGGCACCUUAGCCAGCGGGGCGGGCAGACAAGUCACUAUCCAGGGGUGCCUGCCUUACGAGUCACUCCAGGGCCACUUAAGGGCCACCUGAUGAACCCUUUGACAAAGACAGGGAAGUUGAGGCGCAGAGAGGGGGCAUGUGUAGGCCAUACAGAGUCGGAGCUAGAGCCAGGCCGAGCUGUGGCUUUCCCCAGGGCUGGACUCUGCCGGCCCAGCUCCCCACCUUCCUCUUCCACCAGUGGGACAGAGACCUAGGAUGCGUGUGUCACUCCUCCAGGCAGCUUCCCGCUCCUCAUUGGUCAAAGAGCCACACACUCAGGGCUGUGGCAGGCCCAGUCUUGUGGGGGAGCGAGGACCCACACUUAACCUACCCUGUGUGCCCCAAGGUUGAGGGCGUGACCUCUGAGCCAAGGCCCUGAGGGCUGAGGGGACAACCCAGAGGGAGCCAAGAGCGCUGCGAAGGCACCCACCCUCAGGCUAUGCGACCUGGUGGGGGACUGACCUCCUGUGCCUUGGCUCCAAGGCUGGGCGCGGCACCCCAACACCCCCGGCCAGCGGCUGCUUCACAGGCUGCAGGGCAGAGCGCACCUGUGAUGGACAGGAGCUGUCAGGACAGAGGCUGUUCUCCAACCCCGGCGUGGCUAAGCUGGGGGGAUGAACCUGGACCUGCUGGGAGAUGCUUUCCAACAGCAGGGAGAGCCUGCACAAGCAGCCGCCGCGGAGAGCCCCUUGGGGCCUCGGGACACUGUUAGGUCCGUGUCUCUGGAGACGUGCUCAUGGAGCCAACGUCCCUUCUCUCGGGCCUCCCUUAAGCCAGUCUGCCUCGGGCUUCUGUUUUUACCACCUGAGGUCCAGGCUGAAAACAAACGGGGCCCAGGAGUGGGUGCUGCCAGACAAGACGAACCCGUGGCCUUGGCCGGAGGUCAGGAGAGGACUGAGGAGCCCCAGCCCCAGGGAGGAGCUGUGGUCCCUGUAUCAAGGUGCCGGGCAGUGGCCAACUGUUGCCUGUUUCUCUUAGCCUCUGACCACGUGCCUGCCAAAGAUAGUGAUUUUGGAGACCAUUAAAAUACAAAACAAAACCCAAACAGGAAGAGUGGCUGGGUGAGGCCCCCAGCACUCGCGGCCCCUCCAUAGUGGGAGGCUUUUCUGGAAGCUGAGAGGCCUGGGGCUGGUUCUCACUGACAGAAGGGAGUGGAAGUGCUGUGCGUCCCUCCCGACCGUGGCAACGAGUUACGCAGCAGGCCUGCCCUCUGCACGCUCCCAUCUGCCCGCUGGAGGCAGGGACGCCUGGAACCCAGGGGGCAGCAGAGCCGUAGGGGGGAGAUCAGCUGCCAGACCCUGAA